UACAACAAACUAUAUUCUAUGGCUAACAAUAAUGAAGAAUUUUGUAAAGAUUACUUUGAAUUAAAGGCACAAGAUGCUAGUUACUUUGAUUUUAUUCGUAUUUUCUAUUCUAGUAACUUAGAUAAAAGAAAUUUCUUCGAUACAUCGAUCGGAGUUGCAUCGACGAUACGAGGUUUUCGCCGGCGAUGGCUCAUUUUUAUCUCCAUUGUGUUGCAAAGAUUAUUGCUUUGGUUCAAAAAUCCUAUGGAAAAUUUAGGUUCUUUUAUUGAGCUCUUGCAGAAUUAUCCUUCUUUUAAUGGUGGUUUUAUUCAACUUUUCUUCAAUAUAUUACAAGGAAAAGUAGUAAGGCCGGAAAAGUCAUCGGAAAAAUUCAAGUCGAUGAUCGGAAAUCUUGAUUUGAGGGUGGAAUUAGACAAGAAAAUAAAAAUUGGGGAUAUAAGAUAUAAUCGACACGUGUCAAUUAUGGCUGCUAAAUUAUCUUAUGAAAAUGAAGCACUAAAUAAGACAGUAAUUCAACAGCAUUGGCAGAUGCAUUUCUUGGGGUUGCAUAAUUUUUGGAAUGCUUAUGAGGAACAAUAUUCAACCCAAGCCAUAAUGUUUCAAGACAAAAUUGAAGAUCCAAAUUUAAUUGUGGUAGCAUUUAGAGGGACAAGCCCAUUUAAUGCAAAUGCAUGGAUCACAGAUAUAGACUUGUCAUGGUAUGAACUUGAAGGCCUUGGUAAAAUCCAUGCAGGCUUUAUGAAAGCCCUAGGGUUACAAAAGCCCAUUGGAUGGCCCAAACACAUUAUUAACCAAGAAGCCCAAGAACAAAAUAAUAGUAAUUAUAAGGAAUUUGCAUAUUAUAAAAUAAGAGAAGAAUUGAAGAAAAUAUUGAGCAAAAAUGAGAAAGCAAAGUUUAUAGUAACAGGACAUAGUUUAGGUGGUGCAUUAGCAAUAUUAUUUGCAUCAAUAUUAAUUUUACAUGAAGAAGAGUGGCUAUUAGAUAAAUUGGAAGGAGUUUACACUUUUGGCCAACCAAGAGUUGGAGAUGAACAAUUUGGGAAAUUCAUGAUGGAGAAAUUGAAGAAAUUUGAUGUGAAGUAUUAUAGGUAUGUUUAUUGCAAUGAUAUGGUGCCAAGAUUGCCCUAUGAUGACAAAACUCUAUUCUUCAAGCAUUUUGGAUCAUGUUUGUUCUACAAUAGCCUCUACUGUGGCAAGGUUUUGGAGGAAGAACCAAACAAGAAUUACUUCUCAUUGCUAUGGGUUUUACCAAAGGUGUUGAAUGCUGUUUUUGAGCUAAUUAGGAGUUUUAUUCUCCCUUGGAUUAAGGGAAAUGAUUACAAACAAAGCUGGUCUGAGAUAAUUUUUAGAAUGGUGGGAUUAAUUAUUCCAGGAUUAUCGGCUCAUGGUCCAGUAGAUUAUGUUAAUCUUACUCGUUUAGGAACUAAUCUUCAUCUUCCUCAAUCACAAGAAGGUCUUAAACAAGAUUAACUUGAAACCCAAUUUGUUCCAUUAUACUCCUUCAGGUUGAUGUAUACGUUAUGAUACUUAGCUUUACAAAAUUCACACUGAUUGUAUUAACAAAUUGUGACAUUAAUUUAAGUUUAGAAAGAAGGUAUUUUUAACUUUGUAUAGGUUUAUGGGGCCUUAACAAGAUACAAUUUCUAAGGUCUCAUCGAUCCAGUGAAUCACUUAAAACUUUAAU